AAUCAAAAAAAAUUUAUAUAAAAAUGGCAAAAAAGACAUACGAUUUAUUGUUUAAACUUUUAUUAAUUGGUGAUUCUGGAGUAGGAAAAACAUGUAUAUUAUUCCGAUUUUCAGAUGAUGCAUUCACAACUACAUUUAUAUCAACAAUAGGUAUAGAUUUCAAAAUAAAAACUGUUGAAUUAAGAGGUAAAAAAAUCAAACUCCAGAUAUGGGAUACUGCUGGUCAAGAAAGAUUUCACACCAUCACGACUUCUUACUACAGAGGAGCAAUGGGGAUUAUGUUAGUUUAUGAUAUUACCAAUGAGAAGAGUUUUGAAAAUAUAGUCAAAUGGUUAAGAAACAUAGAUGAGCAUGCUAAUGAAGAUGUGGAGAAGAUGAUAUUAGGCAAUAAAUGUGAUAUGACAGACAAGAGGGUGGUUAGUAAAGAAAGAGGAGAAACUAUCGCUCGUGAACACAACAUCAGAUUCAUGGAAACAUCCGCCAAGGCCAACAUAAACAUAGAACGAGCUUUCAGUGAACUGGCAGAAGCUAUACUGGUGAAAACGGCCGGACGAGACGAUCCGGUGGACAGGGUGACAGUAGACAUAAGACCAACCAGUACGAAUAAGUCCUGUUGUAAUUAGUAAACAAAAAAUUGCAAAAAAAACAACGUAAUUUAGGAGUAUAUGCAUGUGAACUGAUUUCUAUACAAGAUGCUCAUAUUUAGUUUUAUUUUCUGAACAAGUCACUUAACUUAACUUAAUUUUAUUGUGUUCAGUGGAAAUUCGGUUGUUGUACUCAAAUUUUCCUUUUUAAUGAAAACAUUUGUGAAUUAAUAAAUAACAAAGACAACGUUUUUGUAGAAUUAUAAAAUAUUUAUUGUACGAUAGAUUAACAGUUUUAAAAGAUACACAAGUUUGAAGCAGUUGUGCCAAUUUUAGAAGAAUAAUGAAAACCUAUUUCGUCGUAUGAUUUUCUUAAUUUUAAUAAACCUUUUUUGUUGAAUACGCUGUUUAACUAAAUUGCAACUAUCUUUAUUAUUUCACUCCAUUACUACGUUUAGUCAAGAUCUGUACAAAAAGACGGACCUUACAAAUAUUUCUGGAAGUUGAAUUUUAAUUAGGCCAAAAGAAGUAAAUAUUAUACUUACAAUCAGUUUAUUGUACCUUGGACGACUGGUUUCGCACACUAAAAUUUGCUGUGCAUCGUCAGGUCUCGGGAAAGGUAACUUAAAUACUAAAAUAUAUUGCCAGGUAAACUAUAAAUUAAUGAACAAAAGACUGAUAUGUUUCAGAAUAAUUUGGUCUAAACCAUUAAAAAUAUCCAAUUUUCGGAAUCACCUCAAAUCAAAUCAGAAACACCCUAGAUACGAACCCCGUCCCAUAUCAGUUGGCCCAACAUCAGAAUAUCAUUUUAAAGACGUCUACUUUUGUAUAAUAUAUGUCUGAAUUGUCAAUAUCAAUGAGUCAGAUAAAAUUAAAUUAUUAUAAGAAUUUUUCCACCAAAAAACAAAAAACAAAUUUUUUUUGUC